UCAUCAACCAUACCUCUUCUUUUUCCGCUCUUUUCUAGUGUCGCCACAAUAUAUAAGAGCGAAAUCAAGCCCAUCAAUGUGCGGAGUUCAGUGACCUUUCCAUUUUCAGUCAUGAAAAGCAAAAACAUCUGUUUCUGCAUCCGGAUUGGAAACCAAAAGAGUAAGGAAAACAUGCCGGGAAAUGCAGAGAAGCUUUCCAAGCAAAAAACAUCCGAUCAUCAUCACAAGUCUCGGAAGAAGGGAAAAAGUAGAGGAUAUGCCUCUGCUACUCCGGUCGAUGAUGCUGAUGGCGGCGUUCCCGGAGCUACCAGUACCGGUGGCACUGCUAAUGCCGGAGUGACUGCUGCUGUGGUGACUGCGGUACAUAUGUCAGCAAUGAGUGCGAAUGAAGGUGGCAGUUCUCAUGGUCACGGCGGCGAUUCUGGUGGCGGUGAUGGCGGUGGGUGAUCGUGGAAUUAUGUUAUUUACUUGUUUCCCCGACGUUGUUCCCCUGUUCUAAUUUGUGUUCAUGUCAAGGGAGGCAUGUUCUUAAUGUUUCCGUCGAUCCCCUUACUCCGACCAAGACCGAGAUUUUUUGGGAAUUCACAAGCUAUUAAAGCUUGACGGCAUCCCAUGGUUUUGUUGGAUAAGUGAAGAGCAGAAUAUCAUAAAACACCAGAGUUUUGCAUUCCUAUAGUCUUCCUUCUGUUGCUCAGUUCUGUGUGUGUGACAGUGCAUAAUAUAUGUUCAUUCAUAGUCUGUCGUGGUACUGUUAUUGUGGCUUCUCUUCUCACUGAAUCCUAUUUGGUCAUAUUUCCUUA